GCUCGGCUCAUCACUGCUGAGGCGGGGAGGGGGAGGCAGGCAGGCAACCGCCGCCACCCGCCUCCGCCUCCUCCCUGCCUUCGCUCGGGCAAUGCAGGCAGCAGGGAAGCAGCCCGUUCCGGUCGCAGAGGCAGCCUCCCGGUUCCCCCGGCAAGUGAAGGCUGAUCAGAGGUCGGAUCCAGUUGGGGGCGGAAGGGUGGCCCCAGCAAACUCUUUCCCCUCGAGAUCGGAUGAGCCACUGCCUAGCAGCUCCAGCAGCGGCGAUCCUGGAGCCUGCUGAGCCGCGCCGAGAGCAGCCCAAGGGGGGCAGCCGCUGGCAAGAGGACGAAGGAUCCUUCCUCUCGGUCUGCUGUUGAGCACCCACUCUUCCCUUCUAAUACCCUGCAGCCGCUGGGCAGCUUCACCUGGCCUGAGCUCUUCCCCUUUCCUUCGAGGGAAUCAGAAGAGUCGCUUUUUUACUCCCAGGUUGACAAUUGGGGGGAUUUGCUUGUUCUCUUGAACUGUAGUAUGCUGGGGUGUAGGAAGUGCCCUGGGCUGCUGCAGCUGAUUGUGUGAACCACCACACCUGUGCGUGGGUUUGGUUCUCCUUUGCUUUAAAAAAUAAUUUUUGACAGCCCCCCCCCCCUUUAGCGUUGCUCUGGAGAGAAUUUCUGCCCAUAGCUUGUGUAUGCCACAUACAGAUACACACCCUCCUGCCAGCAAGAAAACCAGCUGGUCUUUCAGGUGAUAGAGCUAACCACCCACGCUAGAGAGAGAUGGACAGAGAGAAACAUCUUUAAUCCCAAGUCCAAAGAGCCAAGGAAGAAGAUGCGGAUGCGCUGAGAAGAUCUGGGGAGAGGGAUUAGAAGAGAAGGACCAAGAAGCAAAGCUUAGCUUGGAUUGACUGCUGAGCAGGGAACCUGUCACUUUAGAAAGGAGGCUUCUUUAGUUUGGACUGUCUUGCUGUUGAGGUCCCCCCCCCCUUCCUAUCUGCUUGAUGCCAUCCCUUGAACUGAAAGUGGGCACCCACAAAAAGGAUGAUGGAAGACGCUGGGUGGGUCCUGCACCUACCUCCUUUGCACCGUCUCUCUAUGGGGAAAAGCUGACUAUCUCGACCAGCUUUAAUUUCACUGAGGCCUGAUCCAAAGAUUCCACCCAACUCACUUCUAGCCACACCGUUGAGAUGGGACUCCUGUGUGCCUGACUGAGGACAUCACAUAUGCCAGUGUUGCAGGGAGGAACUGAAAAACAACAAACUCCUGAUGCCUCCAUGCCUUGAACUGCCUGUGGCCUUGUGUUAAUGGGACCUGAACCUUCACUGAGGUAAUUCUUGCCCGUAAGAAGAUCAACUUCUCUGAGGACAGAUUGACAAAAACAAGCAGGAUGCCUCGGAACAGGGCCUUCUCUGAGCCGGAACAUUCAGCAGAGUACUCAGCAGACUACUCGGUCAGUUUGCCCUCUGACCCUGAGCAUGGGGUAGGCCGAACCCAUGAAGUGACAGUGAGGAGCUCAGGUUCAUGCCUAUGUCUCCCACGCUUUAUGCGCCUCACAUUUGCCCCUGAGUCUCUGGAAAACCUCUACCAGACCUACUUCCGGCGGCAGCGUCACGAGACGUUGCUAGUCCUGGUGGUCUUUGCUGCUCUUUUUGACUGCUAUGUGAUCAUCAUGUGUACCGUGUUGUACACUCCAGACAAGCUGGCACCUACCUUGGCAGCCUCUGUGGGCCUUGCUCUCCAGAUCCUCCUCUUUGUCCUAUGCAAGUAUGAACUCCUGCCUGACCGAGUCACCCGGAAGUUCAUGCCCUAUAUCCUGUGGAUACUCAUAGCAGCCCAAAUAUUCUGUUACCUGGGCCUGAGUUUUGCUCGCUUCCAUGAGGCCAGUGAUACAGUUGGCUGGCAGGCCUUCUUCAUCUUCUCCUUUUUCAUCACCCUCCCCUUGCGCCUCACACCCAUUGUCCUUAUCUCGGCCAUCUCCUGCGGCAUCCACACCCUGGUGCUGGGGGUCACCAUAGCUCAGCAGCAGCAGGACUUAAUCAACGGUGGGGACUUGCUGUGGCAGAUCUUGUCCAAUGUUUCCAUCUACCUGUGUACCAUUUGUGUGGGCAUCAUGUCAUACUACAUGGCAGACCGGAAACACCGCAAAGCCUUCCUAGAAGCCCGGCAGUCUUUGGAGGUCAAGCUCAACCUGGAGGAGCAAAGCCAACAGCAGGAAGGAUUGAUGCUUUCCAUUUUGCCUAAGCAUGUAGCGGAUGAAAUGUUGAAGGAUAUGAAGAAGGAUGCAAGCCAGAAAGAGAUGCAACAGUUUAACACCAUGUACAUGUACCGCCAUGAGAAUGUCAGUAUUCUCUUCGCUGACAUCGUUGGUUUCACACAGCUGUCAUCCACAUGCAGUGCCCAGGAACUGGUGAAGCUUCUGAACGAACUCUUUGCUCGCUUCGAUAAACUAGCAGCAAGGUACCACCAGCUGCGCAUCAAGAUCCUGGGAGACUGCUACUACUGCAUCUGUGGGCUGCCAGACUAUCGGGAAGACCAUGCAGUUUGUUCCAUUAUGAUGGGUCUCGCCAUGGUGGAGGCUAUUUCCUAUGUGCGAGAGAAAACCAAAACAGAUGUGGACAUGCGAGUGGGUGUACACAGUGGCACGGUCCUGGGUGGGGUCUUGGGACAGAAGCGCUGGCAGUAUGAUGUGUGGUCUACAGAUGUGACAGUGGCUAACAAGAUGGAAGCUGGUGGCAUUCCAGGACGUGUACACAUUUCUCAGAACACCAUGGACUGCUUGAAGGGAGAAUUUGAGGUGGAACCAGGAGAUGGUGGAUCACGGUGUGACUACUUGAAGGAGAAGGGGAUUGUGACCUAUCUUGUAAUAGUCCCCAAGCAGCCACUCAAGAACGGGAUCAAUGGUGUGAAGCUGUCUGUCUCAUCAUCCCAUGGGAACUCGCCGCAGCUGAUCAACACCAAAGAAUGCAACGGGAGCAUUAACACCACUUGUACAACCCCAGAUGAAGCAGAGGAUCUGGACACCCGGGUGGUCAACCCUUCCUUUCCUAACCCUCGGAGGCGCCUGCGGUUGCGUGACCUGUCAGAGAGGGUAGUGGACGCUUCACAGAACGAACAGGAGCUGAACAAAUUGCUCAACGAAGCCUUGUUGGAGAGGGAGACGGUGCAGGCGCUAAAGGGCAAAUCCACAUACCGUCUGUCCAUGCGUUUCAUUGAACCUGAGAUGGAGACAAGGUACUCUGUGGAGAAGGAGAAGCAGAGCGGGGCAGCCUUCAGCUGUUCAUGUGUCGUCCUCUUCUUUACUGCUCUGGUGGAAAUCUUCAUUGACCCACGGCUGGUGGCAAAUUAUGUGACGUUUGUUGUCGGCGAGGUCCUUCUGCUCAUUUUGACCCUUUGCUCACUGGCUGCCAUUUUCCCCAGGGUUUUCCCCAAAAAGCUUGUGGCUUUUUCCACUUGGAUUGACCGGACCCGUUGGGCCAGGAACACGUGGGCCAUGUCUGCCAUUUUCAUCCUUACCAUGGCGGACAUUGUAGACAUGCUCAGCUGCCAGCAGUAUUACUCCUUCAACGUUACGAAACCAGAGCUGCCUUUGGGGAGCUGCGUGGAGAACCCCAAGUACUACAGCUACAUCGCUGUGCUGGCCCUCAUUGCCACCAUUAUGCUGGUGCAGGUCAGCCACAUGGUCAAACUCACCCUCAUGCUGAUGAUCACUGGAGCCGUGGGAGUGGUGAACAUCUAUGCCUGGAGGCACAUCUUCGACAAGUAUGACGAGCAGAGGUUCCGGGAGAACACGUCCUCACUGGUUCCGUCCAAGUACUCCAUGACUGUGAUGGUGUUUAUCAUGAUGCUGAGCUUCUAUUAUUUUUCACGCCACGUGGAGAAGUUGGCCAGGACGUUAUUCUUAUGGAAGAUCGACGUUCAUGACCAGAAGGAGCGUGUGUAUGAGAUGAGGCGCUGGAAUGAGGCCCUCGUCACCAACAUGCUGCCAGAGCAUGUGGCUCGACAUUUCCUUGGCUCCAAGAAACGGGACGAGGAGCUUUACAGCCAGUCUUACGAUGAGAUUGGUGUCAUGUUUGCCUCUCUCCCAAACUUUGCUGACUUCUACACAGAGGAGAGCAUCAACAAUGGUGGGAUUGAGUGCCUGCGCUUCCUCAAUGAGAUAAUCUCAGAUUUUGAUGCGCUCCUGGAUGAUCCUCAGUUCCGGUGUAUCACCAAGAUCAAGACUAUUGGAAGCACAUACAUGGCGGCUUCCGGGGUGACUCCAGAUGUCAACACCAAUGGAUACAACAAUGCCGUUAAGAAGGAAGACCUGUCUGAAAAGGAGCGCUGGCAGCACUUGGCAGAUCUUGCUGACUUUGCCUUAGCCAUGAAAGAGACCUUGAUGAACAUCAACUACCAGUCCUUCAAUAACUUCAUGCUGCGAAUAGGCAUGAACAAAGGAGCAGUUCUGGCAGGAGUCAUCGGUGCCCGCAAACCUCACUAUGACAUUUGGGGGAACACAGUGAACGUGGCCAGCCGGAUGGAGUCCACAGGUGUCAUGGGAAACAUCCAGGUGGUGGAAGAGACCCACUUGGUCCUGAAGGAAUACGGUUUCCGCUUUGUGCGCCGAGGGCGCAUCUACGUGAAGGGAAAAGGAGAACUGCUGACCUACUUCAUGAAAGGGCGAGACAAGCAAGGCUCUUUUGUCAAUGGCUCCUCUGUGACUUUGCCCCACCAGGUGGUUGACAGCUCAUGAUGCCUCUCAGACUCUCUGGAAGCAGGUUACAAAUCAGAACAGGUACCAAAGUGAAGAUGCCCCGGAAGGCGAAAAGGCUUUCAGCUCUCAAUAACUCCAGGUGGGAGAGCGAUUAAACACCGUGAACACAGACAUUUAGCUUUCUGAGACCCCCUCCCCCCCCUUGCCUAGUCCUUGAAGGUCUGUUAUUUGUAAAGGGGUCUCUUUCCGUGUCUGCCUUUGCAUCGUGGUGUAGAUGCGAGGAAGGGGAAAGGUGAUCUUGGCAGGAGAGACUCCUGUCUUUUGCACAAGUGCAUGGCCUUAUGCACAUUUGGGUCUGAAUGUAGGCAGGGGAGGCAGAAUCCCCAGUGCAGCAAUGCUCAGGUAGGACCGUCUUGCCCGAUGUCCCCACUGUGUAGCUGUCUUUUUAGUUGAACUGACAGGUUGUGGCUUUAAAGUUGUCACGGACCUAACCUUUGUGUAGAGCUUAUUGCUGAAAUAAACUGCAAACUCAGGGUGGGUAUUAACAGCAAGCAGCUGUGCGGGAGAGAAAGCCACACAAGGGCACGCUUGGGAUUUAUUUUUAGUAAUUCAAAAUGAACUCACCUUUGCCACCAAACCACCAUAGGUAGGGUGGGGGGAGGGAAAGAGCGCAAGCUCCUUCUUUUGCCUCUAAAAAGAUGUCCUAUUUCAAAUAUAUAAAUAUAUAUAUACAUAUAUAUAUAUAUAUGAAAGAUACAGAUUAACUUUAUAUUUUUAAUCGUGUCUUAAUUCCAAAAGCGGGGGGCCUCAUUCAGAGUGCACUUUGCACCUUCUGCUGCUCUCACCUCUGCUCUUGCUUGAAAGGAAGAGAUUUAUAAGGCCUGGUCGAAGACUGUUUUUAUUACUGCCUUCAUCCGAUUAUGUUGAAUACACACACAAAAAAUGUAAUUAUUUCUCUAGUUUCUCAAAUAGAAUCAGUUGGAUUUUAAAAAGUCA